GAGAGCGGCUCCCCGUCUUCAAGUGCUUCACCUAACAUCAACAUUAAUUUGGGGAUGGCCCGCAGCAGCGUUCCGACAAGCGGGGUGUGGAUGCUGGCGCUGCUGGUGCUGGGCUCGUUGCUAGGCGCCCUCGGCGAGCCGCAGGCCGGUGGCGACUGGAACGCGCUGUCCGGCAUGUGGGGCAAACGUGCCUCCUCCGACUGGAACCGCCUCUCCAGCAUGUGGGGCAAGCGGGGACCCUACGGACCCUACCAGGCUUUGCUGCUGCGUGCCGGAGAGUCUGGAGAAGGCGCAGGACACGGCAUCAGCGCUCGUGCCGCUGGCCCGGCUGUGUUGCGCGAGAACCACUGGAAUGACCUCAGCGGCUACUGGGGCUGAGUCCCUGCCGAGGUUUACCACCGUGUGCCCC